CUCCCACGUCCAAAGUCUAGGAGCAUAGUACGCGCUCAAGCCAUGCAGUGCGGUCGCAACAUUACGUCCUGACCGGGCACGUUUGACCUGCUUGCCACAAGCCAAUGGAGGCCUCAUUAGAUUAUAUUAGCGUAGGUGUUAACCGCGUGGUUAACGCGCUAGCCUGGGGCGAGCAUGGCGGCGUCGCUUAUGCCGCGCAUCAUAUGGUCACGCUGUAUGAUGUUGAGUCCGCCAAGGUGGCGUGCACGCUGGCCGGGCACACGGGAAUGGUGAACUGUGUCCUGUGGCUUUCAGCCGAAGACACGCCGGAGCUGCCGCCCCACCAACACAUCCUGGUCUCGGGCGCAGCGGACAACACCAUCCGCGUGUGGCUGGUGUCGUACAGCGAUGGCGGUGGCAGUGGCGGCGGUGGCGGUGGCGGUGGCGGCGCCGCCAGUGGCGGCGGCGGCGGGGCGCAGCAGGGCCAGUCGGCCGCCGCCGCCGCUGCCCCCAAAUGGAGCUGUCUGGCUGUGUUGGAGGGACACAGCGGCCCCGUCACCUCGUUGGCGGCAUUGCGCCUGGCGGCGGCGGCGGCGCCGGCAGUAGCAGCAACAGGGGAGGCAGCAGCAGCACCGACAGUGGCUGUAGCAGCAGCAGCCGCCUUGCCGCGGCUGCUGCUGGUGAGCACGGCCGGUGACGCCGACGUCAUUGUGUGGGGCUGUAGCUGCGCUGCUGCAGCCGGCGGCAGCGACAGCAGUGCAGAUGCGGCGGGAACGCCGCAGCCGCCGCCGCCGGCGCAGCCGGCGUGGGCGGCUACCGCCGCUGGCUGCUACGGGCCGGGGUGCUGGUGUGAGGACCAGCGUAUUCACGUGGGCGGCGGCGGCGCCAACAAGAUGGUGAUGGCCACGAGUGCGGCGCUGACGCCGCUGCCGCUGGACCCGGAGUGGACGCUGUUGGCACUGGGCGGGACUGACCGCCGCGUGACCCUGCACAUCCGCCCGCCCGCCGCCGCCACGGCAGUAGCACCAGCAGCACCAGCAGUAGCUGGUGUGGAGUCGCAGCAGCAGCAGCCGCAGCGGCCGCGGUUCGUGCCGGCGUGUGCGCUGGAGGGUCACGAGAACUGGGUGCGCGGCGUGGCGUUCUGCGUCAUUGACGGCGGCAGUAGCAGCAGCAGCAGCAGCGGCGGCGGCGGCAGUAGCACUCCAAAGGCGGCAGCUGGGGGCGAGACGGCGGGGCCGCACCUGCUGCUGGCGAGCGUGUCUCAGGACAGGUACGGCCGCAUCUGGAAGCUACAGCCGGAGCCGCUGCAGCGGGCGGCUACUGCCGCUGCUGGUGCUACUGCCGCUGCCUGCUGUGAGGACCCGUUGGCAGUGCUGAUUCAGCGCUAUGCGCCCAAGCCACACGUGGACACGGACACACACAGGUACGUGGCCAGCAGUGAGGCGCUGCUGAUCGGCCACGAGGACUGGGUGCACGGCCUGCAGUGGGCGCCGCCGCCGCCGCCUGCUACAGCCGCUACUGCCGCCGCUGGGGCUGCUACAGCCGGGGGGUUGCGCCGCGGCCGCAGCCACACCCGGGCUACAGCCGCGCUGCUGACGGCGUCCAUGGACCGGACCAUGAUCAUCUGGCGCUACGAGGCCGGCUCGGGCCUGUGGAUGAAUGAGGCGGCGCUGGGCGACGCCGGCGCCUCCUGUCUUGGCUACUUCGGAGGCGUGUGGAGCCCGCGGCCCGCGGCGGCGGCGGCGGCGGGGCGGCAGCAGCAGCGGCAGCGGCAGGGGCAGAGCGCAAUCCUGGCACACGGCUUCACAGGCGCACUGCACCUGUGGCGCCAGGAGGGCGCCCCCUGUGACCCCCACCCCACCGCCACCUCCGCCGCCCCCUCCCCCUCCUCCUCGUUUUCCGCCGCGCACUGGCGGCCCCGCCACGCCCUGGGCGGCCACUUCGGCGGUGUGGUGGACCUGGCGUGGGGGCUGGACGGCGGCUGCGUCAUCAGCGUCAGCGAGGACCAGACGGCGCGCGUGCACACAGCCACCGUGUGGAGGGAGCAGCAGCAGGGGCAGCAGCAGGGGGAGCGGGAGCAGGAGGGGGAGCAGCAGGGGCAGGAGGAGCAGGAGGAGGAGGAGGAGGAGGGGGAGCAGGGGGAGGGGGAGCGGAAGCAGCAGGAGGGGGGGCGGCAGGAGGGGGGGGAGGGGGAGCAGCUGCACUGGUGCGAGGUGGCGCGGUCACAGAUCCACGGGCACGACUUCCGCUGUGUGGCGCACGUGCCCACCGCCGCGGGAGGAUCUGGAUCUGGAUCCGAACCCGGCCACCUGACGUACGUGAGCGGCGCGGAGGAGAAGGUGCUGCGCGUGUUCGAGGCGCCGCAGGCUUUCAUCGACACGCUUGUGGCCCUCCGUGGCGGCGACGCCACCACCUCCUCCACCACCACCACCAGCAGCAGCUCUGACACCGCGCUAUCGGCGUUGCGGCGGCGGCGCGGCCUGGGCUUCGGCGCUGCGGUGGCGGCCCUGGGUCUGAGCCAGAAGGCUGUGUACGAGGAGGAGGAGGCAGCGGCGGCAGGCGGCGGGGGUGCAGGCGCGGCGGAGGGCGGAGGCGGCGCAGGUGGUGGCGGCGGCGGCGACUACGCGGAUGGGCCCGACUUCGUGCCCUACGCGGCGCCGCAUGUGGUCCGUGAGCCCCCCCUGGAGGAGCACCUGGCACAGAACACGCUGUGGCCCGAGACCCACAAGCUGUACGGCCACGGCAAUGAGCUGUGGGCGGCCGCCGCCUCGCCCUGCGGCAGGUUCCUGGCCUCGGCCUGCAAGGCGCAGACCGCCUCCACCGCCGCGGUGUGGGUGUGGUGCACUCGCACCUGGCGGGCCCUGGCGCAGCUGCGGGCGCACACCCUCACCGUCACACAGCUGGCCUGGAGCCCCUCCGGCGCCCGACUGGCGGCGGGCAGCCGAGACCGCACCUUCUCCAUCUUCCAGCGCGUUGAUAGGAAGAAGGGGCAGCAGCAGGAGGGGGAGAAGGAGGGGGAGAAGCAGGGGGGGAAGCAGGGGGAAGGGGAGGAGGAGGUGGGUUUCGAGUUGCUGUGUCGUGCCAAGGGCGCGCACGGGCGUGUCAUCUGGAGCGUGUGCUGGUCGCACGACGAGCGGUUGGUCGCAACCGCCGCACGUGACGACACGGUUAAGGUGUGGCGGUUGGUUUCGGAGCCGGCGGCGGCGGCGCCUGGCGGCGUAGCGGUUAGCCCAGUUCUGGCGGCGGCGCUGCCGCAGUUCCCCUGCGCGGCGACGGCGGUUGCGUUCGCACCAACCGCCGCCGUCGGUAGCAGCGCCGCCGGCGGCGCCGCGUCGUACCAUCUGGCGGUUGGCCUGGAGGACGGGUCGUUGCAGCUGUGGCAGUUAGACCCUGCAGCUGCGACGGCGGUUGACGGCGGCGGCGGCCUAACUGCCACGUGCUUGUGGGCGGCGCCGCCGGCGUGGCGACACGUGGCGCCGGUGCGGCGGUUGGCCUGGCGGGGAGCACCCGGCACUGGGGCUCUGGAGGAGGGCACGGCGGCGGCGCUUGCGGUUGGUGGUGGUGGUGUGAAUGGCGGCGGCGGCGGCGGCGGCGCGGCGCAGCUGGCGUCUGGCUCGGAAGACCACUCGGUGCGGGUGUUCUCGUUCCGGUUCGCGUGAAGUGUGUGUUGGCAGUCGCUGUGGGACAUGCAGGGUCCGGGGCCGUGUGACAGGCUGAUGGUGUGACGGUGCGAUGUGAGCGGCAGUGGCUAACCGGCGGUGGCCGAAAGCCUUGUGAUGAGCAGCGCCUUGUAGUGUGCGUGUGCGGCGUAGGUGGCAGAGGAAAAUCGAGGGUUGACCCUGUUUGACCGGCCGAGUUGGCGGCAGGGUCGACGGUUGGUACGAACGGGGACGGGCCGAGGGGGACGGGCAGGGUCCCGUUUGUAUCCUCCGGCAAGUGAGCUAUGUCUUACAAAUCAACAGUGGGUCCUGGGUGUCAGUACUGUGGAAUGGAGGGUGUCAGUCAAGCGCGGCCGAGAAGAGCGCUGGCGUGUGUUGCAUUACAGCGGCGAGGCGAGAUGGGGGCAGCUGACGUCGGCUGCGGGCGCUGGGUUUGGCCAAGCACGGAGGAGUUGCAAAAAUUUUCAAC